GAACAAGUCUGACUUGUCUGAGACAAUUAUACUCAUAAACAGAAAUGUGCAGUAAGAGAUACAGAUUGACUGAGGGUUGUGUUUUUAGACAGGAGUGUGAGUUAGGUCUGUAAUGUCCAAAGUUUGCAAUAGGACUAGGAAUGAUAUUGAAAGGGUUGUAAGAAAGUUGAUGUUUAGACUAAUUAAAGGACCUGGCAGGUGCUCACAAACUGCUAUUUAGAAAGGAAGAGAAAGAAAGAAAGAAAGAAGCCCUCCCCCCCUCUCAGUAUAGUGUAGUUGCUUACAGAUAUUCCUGAAGUGCUACGGAUCUCAGUCAGCAGUUGUUGUAGCAGAGCCCGGAAGUGGCAGCAGAGAACAGACCCAGACUGGUAGGCAAAUGGAGGAUUCGUGAACAUGCUAUGCUUAAUUUAGUUGUUUAAUAGAGACUUUAAUACAGUUUACAGCUCUGGGAUUCUUGGUUGAAGAUUAAACAAAGGGAGUACACUACAAUAAGCAUGGCUUUCUCAUUCUGCUGUUGCUGUCCUUGUCUCUCCCUUCCUUCAAGCGAGAGGGAACCCCUCAACACACCACAUUCAAGACAACCUCGCCAGGACACCCAAAGCGCCCUCUUCAGCAAAGAUGAGGCCCUCACCUUCAAACGAGUCAAUCUGCCUGAGACUGACACAGUAUUUGCUAGCAUUGCCAAGACUUUCAACAAGCAGCAAGAUGAUUGGUCGGCCAUCCGGAAAGCCAUCCAGAGCCUGAAAGAGCUCUAUCAUUGUUCUGUUGCAAGCAGUCUUUCUGUAUGUAUGGAGAAGAUACAACAAGAACACUAUGCUUGCAGUGUGCAGGUGCAUAUGGAGGGAUACAGAUUUUGGCUGGAGGUAAAGGAGAAAGAAAUUCCCGAGAAACUGAAAAAAGCUCAGCAGCAGGUGGGGGAGCUGAAUCUUGCCACCAAAGGAGUCAUCAGUACAGCAACACAACUUGAGGAAAUGUUGCACUCGGUGCUUCAGGACCAGGAUGAUAUGGUGAAGAGAGUGCAGACUGCAAACCCUGCACACCUUGACUGGAUCCGGAUAAAAGGGAACCUGAGAGAAAACAUUGAGAAAAUAAAUCUGGCCACACAAUUAUCAAGGCAGUACAAAGAAGAAGCAAACAGUGUGCUGACGGAAAUGUCCAAGUCAGCAAGCCUGACCAUGUAGCAAGCACUGAGAUGAUGAUAAGCCAGUACAGGCUAGGAUUGUGUGGACCAGCUUGUGGUUGAGCCAGUUCGCCAUCAAACUGGGCCUGUUUGAUGGCUCGUCCUUGAGCCAAACAGGGCCCUGUUUGGUUCAGCAGAACUUGAGCUGAACCACCCCAGCCAGCUCAGGGGUUCUGUAUGUUUUUUUAAAAAAAGAUUUUAAACUUACUCUGGUCCAGCAGCCUCUGGGGGGUGCUGCCACGAUUGUGGGGGAGGGGGGUCUGAAGGUUUCCCCUCCCCCACUGGCCUCCCCAUGGUCUUCUUUGGUUUAUUCAGCCAAUUUUCAGUCCCCUCCCUGCUCACAGCAGCCAUUUUGAAGGCCACUAUGCAUGUGCACGGGCUAUUUGUGUGCUCAAGCAUCCUAAUAGCCAGUGCACAUGUGCGACAGCCUUUAAAAUGGCCGUUGCGAGCCAGUAGAAGGCCAACAAGGCACGAAAAUGGACCAAACCAGCCGGAAGAAGACCGGGAGGGAGGCCGCUGGAGGGAAGGGAAACCUUCAGAGACCUCCCCCACCGCAGCCGCAGAAGCAGCCCCUGUAGGCUGCUAAAUCCAGCUGUGAGGUUUUUUAAAAAGAAGUAUAGAAACCCUCCCAUCCUCGAGCUGGGACUGAACUGGUUCAGCCUCAAACUGGGGCCUGACUCGAGAUGCACAGAACACAACUGAGCCCGGUUUGGGUCUGGUUCGAUUCAACCAAACUGGGCUUCCCGGUUCCGUGCCCACCCCUAGCAUAGGCUACCUUUCUCUCACAAUAAUGAAUUAAAGUGCUUGUGAAAAGCCCUUUGGUUUCAGCUUAGAUACACCAGAUAUACUGGGUAGCAUCCUCAUUUAUCCUUGUUUGGAACAAGAGUGCUUGAUCUAACUCUAGAAGUGCCAGAGCACUCCUUAUCAAGCAGCUAUGUUUGGAACCAGGGAGGCACUUGCCAGGACUUGCCCCUCCAAGCUCUGGCUUCUGAAUCCUCAGAGAGUGAUAUAGUGAUAUAUAAACUCUCUUAGUUGAUUUUACCCUGCCAUUAUGGGGACUUCUGAGGCUAAUAGCUCAGGAAAUAUUGGAUCAAUUUCCCCCCCUCAAAACAACAGAGGAUUACACUCCAGCACUAAAAAGAGACAUUGAAAAAAAGUAUAAGAUACAUUGUCUGAUGGCAACACGCCCCCAUCCCGCAAAUAUUGUGAACCUUUUCUUUUUAGGAUUUGGUAUUUAAACUGCUGUAUCUCAGCUAUUUUUCAAUGGAUCAUCAUCAAAUUUUGAAGGGUGGUGUCUCUUGUCAAUUAAGGUCUGCAUAUGGUCAGGUAGCUUUGAAAGAUGAUUUUGAUUUUAUGACCAAUAGGAUGUUCAGGACUGAUAACAAUAGAAUGUUUAAACAACUUAUUUUAACUAUACUGGCACUACUGUGCCCAUAUAAUAUAGAACCAAGGCAUUACAGAAGAUACAAAACAGGUAUACAUGAACAGAUAAAACUCUGAAAACAGAGAAGACAAAUGCAAUGCUAAGGGAGGGAGGGAGGAGUGAGUGAGUGAGUUAAUAUAAUAAAGUUUAUGGUCUUGAAGUUACAAGACCACAUCCAAUAUGACACAUCAUAAUGAGAACAAUGAUAAGAAAGUCUGUUCCAAGGCUGUAUUGAAGUGACUCUGCCCCGUUUCCACUGCUGUUUUCAUUGGCAUCGGGAAUAGUGGGUUGUUGUUUUUCAAUUUUAGAAGGAAUGCUUCCCUUGAAAUUGCCGCAGAAAUUUGGGGGAGGCAAGAAGUUGCCUAGAGCAGUGGCAGCUUGUUUAGUCUAGUUUAGUUUACAUUUUUAAGAAAAUCUCUUUGAAAAAAUGGGCAGUAGUGUCAAAGGCAUUGCCUGCCUCCCCACUGGUGCUGAUCUCCUUACUGGAAUGUACCAGACACCAUAUGGCAUUAUGUGUCCUUUCUCAGUGCAUUCUAGGAACGGAAAUGGUGCUGGUGGGGAGACAGGCAGUGCAUCUGCCACUACUGCUCAUUUAUCUGAAGAACUUUUUAAUCUUCAAAAAAGAAAAAGACCAUCACCAGUCUCCGUAAGCGAAUAAGUAAAGGUAAAGUGUGCUGUCAAGUUGAUUUCGACUCCUGGCGCCCACAGAGCCCUGUGGGUUUUUUUGGUAGAAUACAGGAGGGGGUUAUCAUUGCCUCCUCCCAUGCAGUAUGAAAUGAUGCCUUUCAGCAUCUUUCUAUAACGCUGCUGCUUGAUAUAGUACCAGCCUCUUCACCAAAGAUUCAGGGAUGCUGACUCCAGCAAUAGUGCUGAAAUUCCAGCCAAUAGCGGGGAUCAAAUACUUCUGUCUGUUAGUCCUAGUCUCUCACUUAGUACAGGCAAAAAUGAACAGGAUCUAGUAGGUUUGUCCAGCAAAUAUCUUUAGGGUCUACAAAGGAGCGACAUUGUUACACUUGGUUGGUGUAGAAAAGUUAGUAUAAAAGAGCUCCCAGCUUUGAAGGAAAAUAACACAAAGGGAGUUUGGUGUCUAAGGCAUGACCCAAGAGUACUUUAGUUAGAAUGUGCAACACCUUGUGGAACAACGAGUGCUACACAGGGAGUCAAGCCAAACCUGAACCUGAAACCAGUUCAGAGAAGUUUUUUCAAUGAACCCAAGCCCAAGGACAAGAAACUGAACUCUGCCUGUUCCUUAAGGAGAAUGGCCUGAAAAAAGUGGUACACCAGCCGGUAACCACGCUGUUGGACUACUGCAAUGUGCUCGUUGUAGGGCUGCCUUUGUACAUAGUUCAGAUACUUCAGUUAGUUCAAAAUGCGGCAGCCAGAUCAGUAACUGGGGUGUCCCAGAGAGACCACAUUAUGCCUGUUCUUAAACAGUUGCGCUGGCUGCUGAUAGGUUUCCAGGUUAAGUACAAAGUGCUAGUUAUUAUCUUUAAAGUUCUGAAUGGUUUAGGUCUGGGUAACCUGAGAGAGCACCUUUCUCUACAAGAUCCACACCACUCAUUGAGAUCAUCAGGAGGGCUCUAUCUUUGGGCACCACCAGAUUAUCUUCUCAGUUGUUGCCCCUAGGCUGUGGAACAAGCUCUCCAUGUAUAUAAGAGGAUUAUCUUCCCUGAUAACCUUUAGGAGAGCCUUAGAGACCCAUCUGUGUAGGUUGGCUUUUAAUGAUAUCUAGUUUUAAAUUUAAUUUUAAUUUGAUUUAAAUGAUUUGGUUUUUUUAAUUGUUUUAUUAUGUGUUUUUUAUUUUAAUGUAAACCAAAUUGAGCCACUAUAGGAAGGGUGGUAUAUACACUGAAUAAAUGAAUACAUAAAUAAUA